AUGCACAGCAUAUCCCUAUUGGACGAGCUGGCAGAGCAUAUUGAUGAAGAACUCUGCUACGGUGCUCUGCUUCAUGGAUUCUGGGGCCAAAUUGCUGCCUACCGCGAGGCCGUCAGGUUUUACGCUGACAACGGCACAAACAAGAGAAACGCUACGCAUUACUUGUGGCUAAAGUCUCAGCACCAAGAACUCUACAGAGAUUUGAGUGACUUCUCAACCAUCAUCUAUACUUCCCAGAAGUCCAAUCCCAACCUCGCCGUCAUCCUUGAGCUGUUCAUGAUGAUCCUGCACGUCUGGCCCGACGAGCUUCAACGCUUCGCCGGCAAGGGCGGCGAAGAGGAAGCAGGGCGAGCAGCUGCCUCGCUGGAGGAGCACUGGGCUCGCAGUCCCGAGGCCCGAUAUGCGGUCUGGCACGCCGGUCAGGUUUUCCGCAAUGCGAGGCAGAUGCCGCCGACUUCUCUCAGGGGGUUUAAUGCCAUUGCUGUCUAUUUCGCGAGCUUGACGCUGUGGAUCUAUGGGCUGCUCUCGUGCUCGCAGCCCGAUCGCAAGCAGGAGAUCACCGCAGGAGGCCGUGGCUCGGAGCUCGUCCUUGUAGAUGGCGAGGAGAAUCGUGAUACCAAGGCGUUUGUCCAGCUGGACAGAGGCGUUCCGGGGCUCAUGCUCAGCGGCGAGGCAGAUGCCGGGGUCGAGGCAUUGUCGAACCCCAGUGCGACGCUCUCGAUUGCGAGGAAUGUGUUUAGGGAGAACUUUCCUAUCCGGAGCGAGCCGUUGCCGCCGCUGGUUGAGAGUCUGGGGAAUCUUCUCCGUGAUCUGGGAAGCGGUGCUGGUGGACGGCCCUCGCGGGUGGCUUCGCGGGCUGUUAGUGAGAGUCCGUUGUAG